AUGGGAACCUUGAUAAUUUUUCUUUCAAGCUCUAUUUUAUGUUUGUCCUUUCUUUCAUUUUUUAUCAAGUUCCUUAACAAAAUAUGGUGGACUCCAAUUCAUAUACAAUCUAUGUUAAGAUCACAAGGAAUUAAAGGCCCUUCUUACAGAUUCUACCAUGGAAACUCCAAAGAGAUCAUCAAUAUGGAAUAUAAUGCCUCAAGUAAUCCUAUGAAAUUAUCCAACGACCAAUUGUUCUCCACUGUAUUGCCACACAUUUAUUCAUGGAGCAAGCUUUAUGGGAAGAAUUUCCUAUAUUGGCAUGGUCCUCGAGCUCACAUUGUGGUGCAAGAACCUUCCAUGUUAAAAGAUAUAUUUAAUAGAGAUGAAAUAUUCACCAAAGGAGAACCUGAAGAUUAUGUGAAGAAGCUUUUAGGGGAUGGAAUUGUUACAGCUAGAGGGGAAAAGUGGCUCAAGCUGCGUAAAAUAUCAAAUCAUACUUUCCAUGCAGAGUCCCUGAAAGGAAUGAUUCCAGGUAUGAUUGCAAGUGUGGAGAUGAUGCUUGAAAGAUGGAAUAAUCACGACGGCAAGGAGAUAGAGGCAUACAAAGAAUUCAAGAUUUUAACUUCAGAAAUAAUUUCAAGGACAGCUUUUGGAAGUAGCUACUUGGAAGGGCAGCACAUAUUUGAUAUGCUAAUCCGGUUGGCUGUCAUUGUUAUCAGAAACAAGUAUAAAGUGAGAAUUCCUGGAAUCAGAAACCUUGUCAAAACCAGAGAUGACACUGAUUCAGACAAGCUAGAACAGGGGAUACACAAUUCCUUCAUAUAUAUGAUAAAGAAAAGGGAGGUAGCAAUGACUGACCAAUCCGGUAGCUUUCGAAACGAUUUUCUUGGAUCAUUACUGAAGGCAUAUCAUGAGAAUAAUAUGGCAAAGAAGAUAACAGUAGCCAACCUAAUUGAUGAGUGUAAGACCUUCUAUGUUGCUGGACAUGAGACCACAACAAGCUUACUCACCUGGAUACUUCUUCUUCUAGCUAUUCACCCAGAAUGGCAAGAAAAAGCCAGGGAGGAGGUCCUUGAAAUAUUCGGCAGCCAACGUUUAUCCUCGGAUGGACUCACAGGAUUGAAGAUUGUCAGCAUGAUUAUCAAUGAAACUCUACGGCUAUAUCCUCCAGUUGUCAAUGUGAUCAGGAAAGUCGACGGGGAAGUUAAGUUAGGGGAGCUAAUUAUACCUGAAAAUACUGAAAUCGACAUUCCAGUUAUUGCAAUCCACCACAAUCCUCAAAUAUGGGGAGAAGAUGUUUACAAAUUCAAGCCAGAGAGAUUUGCAGAAGGCGUGGCUAAAGCUACAAACAACAAUAUAACUGCCUACCUUCCAUUUGGUUUAGGACCUCGAAAUUGUGUGGGUUCAAGCUUUGCAAUUACAGAGACCAAGAUUGCGCUGUCAAUGAUUCUACAACGUUACAGAUUUUCCCUAUCACCAACUUAUGUCCAUUCACCUAUUCCAAUUCUCACCAUGUGCCCACAAUAUGGACUCCAAAUGGUGCUCCACAAGUUGUAGUAUAAAUCAGCAGUGUCUGUGAAGUCUUUUGAUACCUUGGAUGAGGCUUGAAAUGCAAAAGGAUUGUUGGGUAUAUAUCUAUUUAAACUCAAGUUUAUUAAGCAAUGUAAGUCGAUCUGUAAGA